AGUUCAUGACUCAUGACAUAAUUUCAUUGUGUCAGUCUCUUCCUUGUCUAAUUUGCGAUAUUAGUAUAUGACGUGUUAAAAUUUAGAAUCGCUGGUUUUUGUGACAUUUUUGUAAUGAAUAUGAGUAUAAAUGACGGAGAAGUAAUUGAAUACGAACCUUCGGUUAAAAAUGUAAUCGAACAACAAUCUUUGCGAUGGAUAUUUGUCGGAGGUAAAGGUGGAGUUGGCAAAACGACGUGCAGUUGUUCUUUGGCCGUACAAUUGUCAAAAGUUAGAGAAAAUGUCCUUAUCAUAUCUACUGAUCCCGCACAUAAUAUCUCCGAUGCAUUUGACCAAAAAUUUAGUAAAGUUCCGACAAAAGUAAAAGGUUUCGAUAAUCUUUUUGCUAUGGUAGAUCCAAAUGUAGGUAUUACCGAAUUGCCGGAGGAAUAUUUUGAAAGUGAAGCAGUUUCAGGAGGAGAAGCAAUGAGAUUAAGUAGAAGUGUAAUGCAAGAAAUUGUAGGAGCAUUUCCAGGUAUAGAUGAAGCAAUGAGUUAUGCAGAAGUAAUGAAAUUGGUUAAGGGAAUGAAUUUUUCUGUUGUUGUUUUUGAUACUGCACCUACUGGUCAUACUUUAAGAUUAUUAUCAUUUCCACAAGUUGUAGAAAAAGGUUUGGGUAAAUUAAUGCGUUUAAAAAUGAAGAUUAGUCCUUUCAUUACACAGAUUAGUUCAUUAUUGGGCAUGACAGAUUUCAAUGUAGACACAUUUUGUAAUAAAAUAGAAGAAAUGCUCAUUGUCAUUCGACAAGUUAAUGAACAAUUUAAAAAUCCUGAUCAAACAACAUUUGUUUGUGUAUGUAUAGCAGAAUUUUUAUCAUUAUAUGAAACAGAAAGACUUGUACAGGAAUUAACAAAAUGUGGUAUAGAUACUCAUAACAUUAUAGUAAAUCAGUUAUUGUUCUUGAAAGAAGGAGAUGUACCAUGUAGACUUUGUCUUGCUAGGCAUAAAAUACAAGAUAAAUAUUUAGAACAGAUAAUGGAUCUUUAUGAGGAUUUUCAUAUUACUCGACUUCCUUUAUUAGAAAGAGAAGUUCGAGGAGUUCAACAAGUUAAAGAAUUUUCGGAAAAUCUUAUUAAGCCCUAUAAGCCUUAACGCUUAUAUGAUUAAUCUUUCUUAUCUUUAAUAUAUAAUUAAAAAUUCUUUAAAUUAAACAAAUUUUAUACAUAUGAUAAAAUUCAUAUAAAAAAAGAUAAUGUUUUUAUUAUAAUAUUUAGCAAGGAUAUUUUAUCUUUGCAUUAUUAAAAGUUUCAGUUGAUGUAUUAAAUAUAUUAAACAGUACUUGAUUAAUUAUA